AUGUCGUUUACAUUUACGUGGCCACGUUUCUCAGACCGAUUCCAUCAAGAAGCGCGAGAACUGCUCUAUAAUGCACUCAACAAGGGCUCCAAACCGCCCAUCAUUGCCGACGAGAUUCAGGUCGUCGAACUCGACAUGGGUUCACAGCCGCCCGAACUCGAGAUUAAAGACGUUGGUGAACUGACAAAGGACCAGUUUAGAGGCAUCUUCAAGUUGACGUAUUCCGGUGACGCCUUUAUCGUCUUGCGGACCAAAGUCCAGGCCAACCCGCUUACACACCGCGCGACUUCGACGCCCUCGGAUGGUGAUACGAGCAUUUCGUCCUUGUUGGGUGGUGGGAGUGGGAGCGGCGGUGGAAUCCUCGCUGCGCACCAGCCUCUCGUCGUCCCCAUGCUCCUCCGUCUUUCGCAAUUUCGCCUCAAUUCGUACGUAGUACUCGUGCUCUCCAAGCAAAAGGGCUGUACGCUCGUCUUCAAGACGGACCCACUCCAGACUGUGCAAGUGUCGUCGACGUUUGAUUCGAUUGCCGUCAUCCAGAGCUUUAUUCAGCGGGAAAUUGAGGAUCAGUUGAGGGAGAUGUUUAGAGAGGACUUGCCUGGGAUCAUCCAUCGGCUCAGUCAACGUUGGGUCGCUGGGCGUACAAGAGUCGAAGCACCAUAUCUCAGAGGAGCAGUCUAUCCUGCCCCACCGUCGUCUGCGGGACCAAGUAAAUCGCAUUCAACAGCAGCAAAGUCACACAAAGCACGGUCGACGACUUCUCGACCAUCGUACAGGGAGGAAGAGUACGAAUUUGGGACAGGCAUACCCAUGUCGGCCAGUCUCGGUCUCCACCCUGGUUUACAUCCUACCGCAAGUACACCUGGCUUUAGUAUGCGCCGACAGGGUGGACCACCCUCUUCUGUAUCAUCCAGGCGACCUCCACCGUCAAUCAAUCCACCUUCCUCCAUUAGUGCACGAACACAUUCUCACCUCUCAAAGUCUCCACGUAAUUACCCGGGAUCCGCUGGUUCAGCACACUCGUCCGGCUUUCCGCAAAACCCGCUCUCCACCGUGCCCGACAUUGAAAACUUUGACCCUACAUACGGUCUACGAUCGGAUAAUGUCCCACAUCAGACGACGUAUUCGGGGCUGGGCAAGCUGUUUGGUGCGAGCCGUGGCUUGGCAGACUUAGCGCCGGUAAAGGGAGGGAGGAGUGAGCACGGCGGUCUGGACGGCGAGAGUACAUACGAUGUUCUUGACUGGGAGGAUGAUACGACCACAGGUGCGGGGAUGGACGACGUGGACGAUGAGCCCCCGCCAGCACCAGCUCCGCUGGAGGACUUGGAGACCAUCCCAGCAGUGGGCGGAGGAUUUGUGACACGUCUACGCCCGAGAAGGGGUGUUCCCUCCAGCACGGCUGCCCAAGCGCCUUUUGGAGAAACCAGACGGGGUACGCGCUCAACGUUUUCCCUGGCGGACCAAUGGAUAGAGGCGGGAAAUGAAGACGGAAACAGCCGUGGCGCGUAUAAUCCGUACUUUGGUGAGGCAUACCGCGAGUAUCACCGGGAAGAGGAGGGCAUGCACAGGCGAUCUCCUCCCAUUUCGGCGCCACCAAUAUUCACGCCGUCUGAGAUCGGAUCCAAGUCUGGCCGUCGGGUCCCUGAGUAUAGCGAUGUCCGCCGUGGACCUGGAUCCCAUACUGGGGCAUCUAGGUCGUAUACGAGACGUGAUCCCCAAAUCCAUCAUCAUCAGAAACCAAAACGACAAGGAGAGAACGAAGAAGGAUCAUUUGAUGACGCAUUACAAUUUGAGCGAACACAAUCACGUUCCCCAUCUUCACCUUCUCAACGAACGGCCGCGGUACCGACAUUAUCAGACGAAGACGUGACGGACGGUUUCAUUACACACGACAAUUUGCUCAAUGACACUGCCCUCGACCAGCAACGAAACUGGACAGGCAGUUUGUCACGGAGAGGGGGUGGGAUCAUAUUGCGAAACCAGAGCGUGUCACAAUUAAGUGCACUGUCGAGGUCAAACCAGACGCUCUCCCCUUUUACGCGAUCCUUUUCGCAUUUCACGGUCCGAAGUGGGCCGCCCAAGACCGUGGUGAGCAAUACGAUGCCAUUCCCGAGCGAUGCCAAGCAUGGUGCACUUGGGAGGAGUGGAGAGGUCAAGAAAGCCCGGAGGAAACGCGUCCAUAGGAUUGGCGCCGCAAGAGUCGCACAAGGUGGGAAUGACAAAGGCAAAGAAAGUAUAGAGAAGGAGAAGGAGAGAAGUGGACUGCGCAGCGCAUCUACCAAUGUCAGACGGUAUACGGGUGGAGGUGAUAUUACCUUUGGUCGGAGGACGGUGAUGGAACGGGGUAUGGGGUAUGAAGAAGACGAGGAAGAUUCGGAAGAUGAUGUGGAGCACUAUUUCCGGACGAGGAGGCCAAGCGAGGCCAGUAGAGCCCGAAGAGACUCGAGCAGGAGAGAGGAAGGAGUGCCGCUCUCGCCGAGACCAAAUCUUCACAAGUCUCCGAUCCAACAGCACCAACCGUUGCCACAACAGCAAUUACAGCAGCAGCAACAGCAACAACAAUCACAACCGCAAUUGCGAAGAGUGGCAUCGCCUCCACCAGCGCUGUCGCUCGAGGGGGGUGGCCAUGGGCGACGACAGCGGACGACUUCUGGCCGAUCGAGAUACUAA